UUCGUGCGAGGCGAGAGAGCUUCUUGUGUUGUUGACAAGACUCACGACGUCGAUCAGUAUUGUCCCAAACGGGCGAAUACACUUCUUCGCGGCUAUAAAAAAGCAUUUUGAGGAUAGCGUGGCGUUUACGGUUCUCGUGGUGGUGUGGUUGUGGCCUGCUGUUUCGAGUGCGGGGGGGGGGGGGGGGGGGAGCCAACCCCCCCGGUGGCCCAAUCUGAAGGGCGCGCCCCCCGGUGGGGCGGGGUCCCCUGAUUUCAAAUGGUUUGUUUAUUUUUUGGCCCGGUGGUGGGGCCACACCCCGACCCCCCCCGGGGUUCCCCCGUUUCCGGGACAAAAACCCCCCCCCGUCCCUCCGAAAGAAAUAGAGCCCCCAGCCGCGCCCCGGUUUUGGUUGACCACUGUCCGCAUAACAGCACAAAAAACCUCACUCGAUCCAUCAGAACGAAGUAG